AUCCACAUUCAACACGAUGUGACGCCUUGACUAGGCCAAUGGUACCGAUGAAAUGCAUGCGAAGAGGAAAAAAACUAACCAAUGUCUUCUCUUCUCUUUCUUCUUUCUUUCUUUCUUUCCUUUCCUUUCCUUUCAUUUUCAUCCCUUUUCCUUUCGUCUUUUCCUCUCUUCAUCCUCCUCUCUUUCCAAUCAACACCUUUACUCGAUUUACUUUUUUCUUUCAUCUUUCGUUUUCGAUACUUGAUCGAUUCUAAUUUUGUAACCUUCCUUGAUAUUACCAUUACUCACUCUUUACGUUUUUUCCUUUCUCUCUGCCACAAUCACAAUUGCAAUUUUUUUAUUUUUAUUUUAUUCAAUUUUAUUUUUACUAUUAAUACUCCCUUAAUAUUACUAUUUAAUAAUUUAUACAUCUAAUACUCCAUCCGGGCCACGAUUUUUAACACGCUCUGCUGUCUACUGCGCCAAUAUCCAGUAGUAUCGCCAUUAUUUUUUAAAAGUGCUCUCCUUUGCGGUAAGUAACAGAGUCUAGGAUGCGAUGAAGCUGUUUUCUUUUGGUUGAUAUAUUCCACACCUCAUUCCACAAAAGACCCCUCCUCCAAACUUUCCCAACCAAGCCUUGCUGUGUUUGUGGAUU